AUGGUGCACAAUAAUAUAUCUAUUGGGCUUGACAGCGUGAUACGAGGUUUGAGUGAAGAGGAGAAUGGGCAAACAAGGAAUAACGAAGAACGGAAGGGCAAUGUCACCUACGGUAUCGACGAUACUCCCGCUUGGUAUCUCUGUAUCUUCAUGGCAUUACAGCACUACCUGACGAUGAUCGGUGCCAUCGUGGCGAUACCGUUCAUCCUCUGCCCGGCGCUCUGCAUGCUGGACACCGACCCCGACCGCUCCAACAUAAUAUCUACCAUGAUCUUCGUCACGGGGCUGAUAACCUGGCUGCAAUGCACCUUCGGGUGCCGUCUGCCGAUAGUGCAGGGCGGGACGAUAUCCUUCCUCGUGCCCACGCUGGCCAUCCUGGGCUUGCCGGAGUGGCAGUGCCCCAGUGCGGAGGCCCUGGCGGCCAUGACGGACGCCGAGAGGCGCCAAGUGUGGACCAGCCGAAUGUGCGAACUGUCUGGAGCAAUCGCCGUAUCCGCUCUCUUCCAGGUGUUCUGCGGCUACUUCGGUAUAAUCGGGUCGUUGCUGCGUUACGUCACCCCUCUCACCAUCGCGCCGACGGUGGCGCUGGUGGGCCUGACGCUGUUCGACCACGCCGCGGACGCCGCCUCGCAACAGUGGGGCAUCGCCGCAGGGACGUUCACAUUACUGACAAUAUUCUCGCAGUGUAUGGGCGAGGUAAAGGUGCCAACUUUAACGUUCAAGAAGGGCUCCGGUUUGGGCAUAAACUGGUUUCCACUCUUUAAGUUGUUUCCUGUUCUGCUGACCAUUGCCAUCAUGUGGUCGGUGUGCGGGGUGCUGACUGCGACGGGUGUGUUCCCCCAAGGUCACCCGGCGCGCACCGAUCUCAAGCUCAAAAUUAUUGAAGACGCUCCAUGGUUCCGCGUCCCAUAUCCAGGGCAAUGGGGGGUGCCAACUGUGAGCGUGGCUGGCGUGCUGGGCAUGUUGGCCGGGGUGCUCGCCUGCACGGUGGAGUCGAUCAGCUACUACCCCACCACGGCGCGCAUGUGCGCGGCGCCCCCUCCGCCCCUGCACGCGAUCAACCGCGGCCUCGGCACCGAGGGCCUGGGCACCAUGCUGGCCGGCCUCUGGGGCUCCGGCAACGGCACCAACACCUUCGGCGAGAACGUUGGCGCCAUCGGCGUUACCAAGGUGGGCUCCCGGCGCGUGGUGCAGUGGGCAGCGGCGCUGAUGGUGGUGCAGGGCGUGGUGGGGAAGCUGUGCGCCGUCUUCAUCAUCAUCCCGCAGCCGAUCGUCGGUGGCCUCUUCUGCGUCAUGUUCGGCAUGAUCUCCGCCUUCGGUCUAUCGGCCCUGCAGUACGUGAACCUGAACAGCUCCCGCAACCUGUACAUAGUUGGGUUCAGCCUGUUCUUCCCGCUGGUGCUGACGCGGUGGAUGUCGGCGCACGGUGGCGCCAUCUCCACGGGCGUGUCGGCCCUGGAUGCCGUGCUGCAGGUGCUCCUCUCCACCUCCAUCUUGGUGGGCGGAAUUGUCGGAUGCCUCUUGGAUAACUUGAUACCCGGUACGGAGGAGGAGCGCGGUCUGGCGCGCUGGGCGGGCGAGAUGGCCCUGCAGACGUCGCGGCCGCCCGGGGACGCCGCCGCCCGCGCCCCCGACACCUACGACUUCCCGGUGGGCAUGCCGCUCAUCCGCAGAUGGAAAUGGACGAGCUAUCUGCCAUUCAUGCCGACCUACGAGGCGGGCAAAUUCACCGCUUUGUUCAAGCGGAAGGAGAGC